CGGCGAUCAGCCCUCCCCAUCAGCACUAUUUCCUCUCUCCUUGGCGGAGCAAUUACGCUCAAAUCCUCGUUCCCUCCGUCUCAUCCAGCUGUUUCUCAAGGAGUCAAACAGAACAAACGGGGAGCUUUAUUUACCAUCGCUAAAAUAACAAACACCUAUUGGACUUUAACAAGCGUCCGUGGGAGCAUCAAAGCUGUAUUUAUUUCUCAUCAGAUUGAUUUCCCUCUGAGAUGGAAAUGAGAUGUCGUCCAGCGGUGAUGUGUUGUGUUCUUGCCGUCCUCUCCUCCAUGGUUCCCUGGUCUUUGGAGUCCUCUUACAGGGACAGACAGUACCUGAACGAGUGGGCGGUGGAGAUCCCGGAUGGGUUGGCUGCUGCAGAGGCGAUCGCCAAAGAGCUGGACUACCAGCUGGUCCGACAGAUUGGGGCCCUGCAAGACCAUUUCUUGUUCAAACACCGCAAUCAUCCUAGCAGAAUGAAACGGAGCGCCGAUCACAUCACCAAGCGGCUGUCCGAGGAUGACCGGGUGCUUUGGGCAGAGCAGCAGUAUGAGAAAAGUCGCAACAAGCGAGCCUCCAUUCGGGAGUGCAGGGACUGUCCGGUGGAUAAGCUGUUUGAUGAUCCAAUGUGGAACCAGCAGUGGUACCUGCAAGACACUCGGACGUCCUCCUCGCUGCCGAAGCUGGACCUGCACGUGAUCCCCGUGUGGCAGAAAGGCAUCACAGGGAAAGGAGUGGUCAUCACCGUGCUGGAUGACGGUCUGGAGUGGAACCACACAGACAUCUACUCCAACUACGAUGCGGCAGCCAGCUAUGAUUUCAACGACAACGACCCUGACCCUUUCCCCAGAUACGACUCCACUAAUGAGAACAAACAUGGGACCAGGUGUGCUGGGGAAAUCGCGAUGCAGGCAGAUAACAACAAAUGUGGUGUUGGAGUUGCAUACAACUCCAAGGUUGGAGGAAUUCGUAUGCUUGAUGGGAUUGUGACGGAUGCCAUUGAAGCCAGCUCUAUUGGCUUUAAUCCAGACCAUGUGGACAUUUAUAGUGCCAGCUGGGGACCAAACGAUGACGGCAAGACUGUGGAGGGGCCAGGCCGUCUGGCUCAGAAGGCCUUUGAGUACGGUAUUCAAAAGGGUCGUGGCGGGAAAGGCUCUAUCUUUGUUUGGGCAUCGGGUAACGGUGGCCGACAGGGUGAUAACUGUGACUGUGAUGGUUACACAGACAGCAUCUACACCAUCUCCAUCAGCAGCGCCUCCCAGCAGGGCCUGUCCCCCUGGUACGCUGAGAAGUGCUCCUCCACUCUGGCUACAGCGUACAGCAGCGGAGACUACACCGACCAGAGGAUUACAAGUGCAGAUUUGCACAACGAGUGCACUCAGACUCACACUGGAACAUCAGCCUCUGCUCCCCUCGCUGCUGGAAUAUUUGCCCUGGCACUGGAACAAAAUCCAGAUCUUACCUGGCGAGACCUGCAGCACAUUGUGGUCUGGACCUCAGAGUUCGAUCCCCUGGCCAAUAAUCCGGGCUGGAAGAGGAACGGAGCCGGACUGAUGGUCAACAGCCGCUUCGGCUUUGGCCUUCUCAACGCAAAAGCCCUGGUGGACCUCGCUGACCCGGCCACCUGGAAGCACGUACCUGAAAAGAAGCAGUGUAUCGUCAGGGAUGAUUCUUUCCAGCCCAGGGCGCUGAAGGCAGCGGGGGAGAUCACUAUAGAGAUUCCAACCAAAGCCUGCACCGGCCAGGAGAACGCAGUCCUCUCAUUGGAGCAUGUGCAGGUGGAGGCAAGCAUCGAAUAUACCAGGAGAGGGGACCUGCACAUCACACUCACCUCCCCAUCAGGUACCAGUACAGUGCUGCUGGCCGAGCGAGAGAGAGACACGUCGGCUAACGGCUUCAGAAACUGGGACUUUAUGUCUGUGCAUACAUGGGGAGAAGAUCCUGCUGGAACAUGGACUUUAAAAAUUACUGAUACUUCGGGCCGAAUGGAGAAUGAAGGUCGGAUUUUGAACUGGAAGUUGAUUCUUCACGGGAUGUCAGAAAAACCAGAGCACAUGAAGAAGCCCAGGGUGUACAUUCCUUACAACGCCGUGCAGAAUGAUCGCAGAGGAGUGGAGCAUAUGGAUGACAUGGUGGAGGAGACCACAAAGGGCAAUCCAAAACAAAAGACUGAGUCUGCACAGGCCUCCCUACUUCCAAACCCAGAGAAGGACCCUAAAACCCCCUCAAAUCCACAGUACUCCCCCUCCCUGGCCCUGCUGCGUCUCCUUCAGACGGCCUUCAACAGGCAAACUCCCGUCCUGAAGCAACAGCAGUCUGUAGCUAGGAUCUCCUCCUCCUCCUCCUCCUCCACCUGGGCAAAGCAGCAGCCGAGCCGGAGCCUCUCUCCUGCCGCAACAAGACUCCCCACUAAGUCAUUGUACCAGGCUCUGGACAUGAUCAACAAGUUCCGGGGCCCAGAGGACAGUGUCUACAGCGACUACACUGACGGCUUCUACAGCUCCAAGCCGUACAGGCACAGAGACGACCGACUGCUGCAAGCCCUGUUUGACAUGAUCGAUGAUGCCAGCAAGUAAAGGAGAGGAGAGGGGAGGAGAGAUAAGAUAAGGGGGAGGCAUGUCUAUGUGUUGGUUUGGGGAGCAGAGGAACAAGGCAAAGGAAAGAGAAAAAAGCGAAGGGAUGUGAUCAGGAACUUUAGUACUAGAAAAGGAAGAAAGAUGAGGAAAAAUGUUCUUUUUCCCCCAAAAUGCUGCAAAUCUGAUUUAUUUACCUUCGUUUACCCUCCAUUAAUGAAUUAUUUAUACAGCUAGCAAUAUUUGCAGCACACACCUACAUCAAAACAUGGACUUCUUAUGAUACAAACCAUACCAUGUCGUGAAUUACUUAGCAUUUACUUGAUAAGAAAGGAGAGAAAAGCCUUGUCUCUCUUCUCUUCAUCGCCUGUUUAAGCAUGUCACCUUUAGAGUAUACGUUUUGUUAUAGUAUAUAUAUAUAUAUUAAAUAUUUAUUAUUCAAAGACGAUGAUUGUAAUAUGGUUUGAAAAAAAAACACGAUAUCCAAAAUCUUUCCUUUCAAAAAUCCUGUUUCCUUUUGUUUUGCCAUCUAUCAGUCAUUCAGUUGUUUAACAUGGUCAACUGUUAUAGGACAUCUCACUUUAUUCACUUUAGAGGACGACUUUAUCCCUAAAAUGUGACAUAAAGUCAUUGAAUGUGAGUAUAGGCAUACAUUUAAAAUGGAGCAAAGCUUUUUAUUGAUGAGUAAUUUGACAUGUUUGAACUGUGUUGACAAAAGAUUUAUUCUCAGGGUGUCAACAAAGCUCAAGAAAGUUUCAGAUACAUAUAGAUAUUCUGGACUCGUCAAAGUAUUCAUAGAAAUAUAUAUAAAAUUGUGACAGAUCAUAUACUAUAAAGUAUGCUACGGAGAUACAGCAGUUGUAGGAUUUAAAGAAAGAUAAGCCUGGGAAUAUUAAAUAAAAGAUGGAGCAGUCAUUUAGUUGGAGUAGUGAGACAUUUAAAGUGACAAAUCUAAACUUCUUUAUGUGCAAUUAAUUUAAUUUUGUAUGAGUACAAUGCUGCAUUAAAUGAAAUAUUUUUCUAAGGAUCCUCAUAGUUUAUGGAAAUAAUAUAUAUACAGUAUCAAACCCUAGAACAGGUUUAUUUUCUUGUGCCGUGGUUCACUCAAUACCUGCAAAGUCAGUGCAGUAAACAUAACUAACUAGAAAUGAACACUGCCAGAGUCUCUGCUGUCCAAAAGCUUAACUGUGUAUUUCAGUGAAUGUUCAAAUAGCUGACUUGUUGUUUGUUCAUCUUCUGCAAUAUUCCGCCUACCAACAGUUCUUUUAAUCCUGGAUUAUCACAUUAUUACUUCUCUGUUUUUUUUUUAUUUUUAUUUGGGUUCAUUGGACUUUCACACAUAAGAAGCUGACAAGAAGAACUGUAGAUUAGAGACUCUGCAUUCAUCUCUGACGGCUUAAUAUAUUCUAUUAUUCAUGUGCCUAUCAUCUCUUUACAUGGUGUAGAUCAUUUAAUAACGCUUGUUUAAGUGUUAAGUAUGAUAUGAAUAUCCUUUGCAGAGUCUCUACUCUCCAGUUUUUAGCUGCCUGCCCCGCUUCUCUGCCGACAAGGUGACAGGAGGAGGAAGAUGUUUGGACAACGCUUUACAUGCACAGUGUAAUUUAUCCACUCUUUAUUGUAGCCCGUGCUGUUCUCUUCAUGUUUUUGACUGAUGCUUCAGUCACAAAGUUGUUUACACAGACCAAUAUUAUGUUGCAAUUUCUGUAUGGAUGUAAAAAAAAUUAUAAUAAUCAAGAUUUAUCGUAAUAAACUGCAAACUGA